CUCGCACAGCUGCGCAUGGGCAGAACUUCCCCGCAAUAUUUUCUUGUUGUAGCCUCAGAUAUGUGAAGUUCUCGGUCCAUACAUCACAAACUGAGCUCCGGACGGGAUCCAGGUCACCAUGAAAGGCCGGUUCACCACCGUGGACAUCCGGGCAGUUAUCGCCGAGAUCAACGCCAGCUACAUUGGCAUGAGAGUGAACAACGUGUAUGACAUCGACAAUAAGACUUAUCUGAUCCGCCUGCAGAAGCCGGACAGCAAAGCUGUUCUCCUCAUAGAGUCUGGGACUCGCGUUCACUCCACGGACUUCGAAUGGCCCAAGAACAUGAUGCCUUCGGGCUUCGCUAUGAAAUGCCGGAAACAUCUGAAGACGCGGCGGCUGACCCAGAUGAAGCAGCUGGGGAUGGACAGGAUCGUUGACAUCCAGUUCGGCUCGGACGAGGCGGCCUACCACCUGAUCGUUGAGCUGUACGACCGGGGCAACAUCAUCCUGGCUGACCACGAGUACACCAUCCUGAACCUGCUGAGGUUCCGUACGGCAGAAGCCGAGGACGUGAAGAUCGCCGUGAGGGAGCGCUACCCCGUGGAGAGCGCCAGGCCCCCAGAACCCCUCAUCACCUUAGACAGACUCUCAGACAUCCUGAGGCAGGCCCAGCAUGGAGAGCAGGUGAAGAGAGUCCUGAACCCACAUCUGCCGUACGGCGCCACGCUGAUCGAGCACAGCCUGAUCCAAGCGGGCCUGCCGGGCUCCCUGAAGGUCGGCGGUGAAGCCGAUGUGGCCGAAGUUGCACCUCGGAUCCUGGAGGCCCUGCAGGUCGCUGAAACGUACAUGGAAAGAACAGAGAAAUUUAGCGGCAAAGGUUACAUCAUUCAGAAGAGAGAGAAGAAGCCGAGUUUAACUCCAGGAAAGCCCAGCGAAGAGCUCCUCACGUACGACGAGUUCCACCCGUUCCUCUUCGCCCAGCAUGCAGCGAGCCCUUAUUUGGAGUUCGAGACGUUCGACAAGGCGGUGGACGAGUUCUUCUCCAAGAUGGAGAGCCAGAAGAUCGACAUGAAAGCCUUGCAGCAGGAGAAGCAGGCGCUGAAGAAGUUGGAGAACGUGAAGAAGGACCACGAGCAGCGGCUGGAGGCUUUGCACCAGGCGCAGGAGGUGGACAGAAGAAGAGGAGAGCUGGUGGAGAUGAACCUGCCUGUGGUGGAGAGGGCGCUGCAGGUGGUGCGCAGCGCUCUGGCCAACCAGGUGGACUGGACGGAGAUCGGCGUCCUGGUGAAGGAAGCCCAAGCCUCCGGGGACCCUGUGGCCUGCGCCAUCAAGGAGCUGAAGCUGCAGACCAACCACAUCACCAUGCUGUUGAAGAAUCCCUACGUUUCUGACGAAGACCAGGAGGAGGAGGAGGAGGAGAUCAAGGUGGUGGAGGAGGAGAAGGGAAAGAAAUCCAGGAACAAAGACAAAGGUCAGGACAAGAAGCUGCAGAGGAGCAAGGUCAUGCUGGUGGACGUGGAUCUGGGCCUGUCGGCUUACGCCAACGCCAAGAGGUACUACGACCACAAACGCAGCGCUGAGAAAAAGGAGCAGAAAACCAUGGAAGCUGCAGGCAAGGCCAUGAAAUCUGCUGAGAAGAAGACCCAUCAGACCCUGAAGGAGGUGCAGACGGUGACCACCAUCCAGAAGGCCCGGAAGGUCUACUGGUUUGAGAAGUUCCUGUGGUUCAUCAGCUCUGAGAACUAUCUGGUGAUCGCAGGCCGGGACCAGCAGCAGAACGAGAUGAUCGUGAAGCGCUACCUGCGGGCAGGGGACAUCUACGUCCACGCUGACCUACACGGAGCAACCAGCUGUGUCAUCAAAAACCCGUCAGGGGAUCCCGUUCCGCCGCGGACGCUGACAGAGGCCGGCACCAUGGCCGUGUGCUACAGCGCCGCCUGGGACGCCAAGAUCAUCACCAGCGCCUGGUGGGUGCACCACCAUCAGGUGUCUAAGACGGCUCCCACUGGAGAGUACCUGACCACGGGAAGCUUCAUGAUCAGAGGGAAGAAGAACUUCCUCCCUCCCUCCUACCUGAUCAUGGGCUUCGGUUUCCUGUUCAAGGUGGACGAGCAGAGCGUGUUCCGGCACCGUGGCGAGCGGAAGGUGAAGACCGUGGAGGAGGACCUGGAGGAGGCCACGUCCAGAACCGCCGAGCUGCUGGAGGAGGGCGAGGAGCUCGUUGGCGACGGCAGCAGCGAUGAGGAUCAGGGCGAAGGACGAGCAGAAGAGAUGGACGCCGAACCCGACGCCGCUGGGCCGCCGUCAGAGCCCGGCGACACGGAGAACGGGGACAACGACGACGACAGCGGCGUGGAAGACGAGUUGAGCUUUCCGGACACCACCAUCUCCCUCUCUCACCUACAACCUAACAGGACCGCGCCCAACCCUGGCUUCAGAAAGGAAACGACCCCCCAGGCUGAGGCGGAUUCACAAGGGAGGAAACACAUGAGCGCCAAGCAGAGGAGAGAAGAGAAGAAGAAGAAGCAGAAGCAGGAGGACUGCGACGCUGAGGAGAAGGUGGAGGUUCCAGCUGCAGCUCAGGGGUCCAAAAGUGGAGGAGGUCCUUCUCAGCCGCCUCUGAAGAGAGGCCAGAAGAACAAGCUGAAGAAGAUCAAGGAGAAGUACAAGGACCAGGAUGAGGAGGACAGGGAGCUGAUGAUGCAGCUGCUGGGGUCUGCCGGCUCCGCCAAGGAGGAGAAGGAUAAGGGCAAGAAGGGGAAGAAGGGGAAGGGGAAGGAGGAGCCUGCCAGGAAGCCGGGCCCCCAGAAGCCGCCGCAGAAACCUCGGCCGGUGGCGCCCGCAGCGACGAACCCGCAGCUGCACGGAGGAGAGGAGGAAGAGGAGAAGCCACCUGGGGAGCAGCAGGAGGACAAGGAAGACGAGGCGGACCCGGACAACCCUGGAGCAGAGGAAGCGGAGAACCUGCUGACGUCUCUGAGCGGCCAGCCUCACGCCGACGACGUGCUGCUGUUCGCCGUCCCGGUCUGCGCGCCGUACACGGCCCUCUCCAGCUACAAACACAAAGUCAAGCUGACGCCAGGCUCUCAGAAGAAAGGCAAAGCUGCUCGGACCGCCGUGCUCAGCUUCAUAAAAGCCAAAGACGCCUCGUCCAGAGAGAAAGACCUGUUCCGCAGCGUCAAGGAUUCGGACCUGUCCAGAAACAUGCCAGGGAAGGUCAAGGUGUCGGCGCCGAACCUGUUGGCCGCCAAGAAGAAGUGAAGGCCGGGCGGACCCGAACGGGCCAAGUUCUGCUGCUUUAACGGGUCGACCACGACGCCUGUGACGGAAGAAGAAGUUUAAUUGAUUGUAAAGAUGGAGAAAAAAAAAAAAAAAAAAACUGCAGAGAUUUUAUUUUCUGUAUUUUUAUUUGAAUACAAACUUGAAUGAGCAACAAUUCAAAGAGUCAUUUUUGUGCACACCACGUUCUGCUGAGGUCCGCUGUGGUUCUGAUCCGAUCGCCGCCCGUUCACACAUUCCUCUGAGCAAGCUGGCAGAGAUCAGGUCAGAACCAAACCGGGCCUUCCCGUCCACUUUGGACCUUUUUAGUGUCGAGACAAAAAAAAA